AGUUCAUUAUCUUUUUUGUUAACACUGUUCGUGAAAAAGAUGUUAGAAGGAAAAGCCUGGAUAAAUGAAUCUGAUAUGCCAGUGAAGAUGCAGAUCCAAGCAAUGUCUUGGGCUUCUCAAGCUCUUGAUUUGUACGACGUUUUAGAUUACACAUCCAUUGCCGCCCACAUCAAGAAGGAAUUUGACACAAGAUAUGGAAAUGGAUGGCAGUGUGUAGUGGGAUCCCACUUUGGGUGUUUUUUCACACACAGCAAAGGGAAUUUCAUAUAUUUCACACUCGAGACCCUCAACUUUCUCAUAUUUAGAGGUGUCGCUUCAUCUUGUUAA